AUGAAAUUCACUUCUCUGUUCGCCAUUGCAACCUCCCUGGCUGCUGUCUCCGCCAAGAACAUUCUCCUGACCAACGACGACGGAUGGGCUGCCACCAAUAUCAGAGCUUUCUACCGAGACCUCAAGGCCGCUGGCCAUAACGUCGUUAUGGUGGCACCUGCCGUGCAAAUGUCUGGUAACGGUGGAAAAUUCCAGCUCGCAGCCUCCAACACGCUCGAGACAGACGCUGAAUUUGGGUACCCUCCAGCGGGCUCUCCUUCGUGGGGCCACGAGGAGGACGACCUAAACGUGUGGUAUUACAACGGCACCCCUGCUGCUUGCGUGGGGGUGGCCUUGGACUACAUUCUGCCCACCUAUUUCAACAACAUGACUGUCGAUGUUGUGCUUGGUGGUCCGAACGAAGGAACCAACCUCGGAGAACGGGAUUUCGUUCUUUCCGGAACCAUCGGCGCCGCCUACUACGCCACAGAGCGUGGGUAUUCCGCCAUCGCGUUCUCUGGAGCCAACUCCAACAACUCAUUUUUCAAAGAUACUCUGGACGACGAUCCAAACCACUCGGCCAACAUCUACUCCAAAAAGUCCGUCGAGCUGCUCGACGCCUUGUUUGAGAAGCAGGGUGACAACGAAAGACUGUUUCCUCUUUCCACCGGGCUGAACGUCAACUAUCCAAAAGCCGGUUCUGACGUUGGUUCCGACUGUCUGGACCCAGUUUUCUACCACUCCAGACAGACCGGCCCGAAUUAUUUCGUCUACAGUGCAAAAGUCAACGAGGAGACCAAUCUGGUCGAGUAUAUCUCUUCCUACGACAACGUGCUUGACGUGUGUGCUGCUGGUGAUUGUUCGCUGCCUGCUGAGUUUGAGAUCAUCAAGAACUGUGCUUCUUCCAUCACUGUGUUCUCGUUGGACCCAGAUUCCAAGAAAAAGGUGACCGACGACGUCAUCGCCAAGUUCGACAGUAUCCUGAGCUGA